CAUUAAAGUCCACAAUGCUGACCAAAAAGUAGCUCUGCACUGUUGUUGGAAACCUGUCAGCAUCAAAACCAGAAGCAAAACUAAAUAUGAAUUCCUCCAUCCACAUCACAAAAUAAAGUGGGCUUCAAUUCAUUCAUUCAUUUAUCUAUGAGGGUAGAGUCAGAGAGAUAGUAAACAUGAUAGCGGCGAUGGCGAUGCUGCAGAGCUGGGGAAGCGCUGGCACCGCGAUCGCCAGCUUCCUCUUCGUGUGGGAUAUGAUUAGGAGACACCUCCCGCCAGAGCUGCUUCGCGUCCUGGAAAGAUGGACGCGCAAGCUCAGGGUCGUUUUCAAUCCAUACGUUCAAAUCUCGAUCAGCGAGUACAUGAACAGGAAUCUGAAGCCUCAUGAUGCAUAUGCAGCAGUGGAGGCUUAUCUCAGUGUCAAUUCAGUGAAAGAAGCCAAGAGACUGAAAGCUGAGAUGAUUACUGGUGCAGACAAGCUGGUGUUGAGCAUGGAUGAGAACGAGAAGGUUAAUGAUGAGUUCCACGGGGCGAAAGUGCAGUGGAUUUCUGGGAAACUUGAGGCGCGUCAAAGGGAACACUAUCCCGAGGUAGAUAAGAGAUAUUACAAGCUAAUUUUCCAUAAGAAACAUCGGGAGAUGAUCACAGGGCCUUACUUGGACCAUGUAGUAAGGACGGGGAAAGAGAUUCAAACACGAUACAAGAAGCAAAAGCUUUACACAAAUAGCCACAGCAAGACUACGUGGAGCCAUAUCGUGUUUGAUCAUCCAGCUAGCUUCGAGAAGCUGGCAAUGGAUCGAGAGAGAAAGCAGGAGAUUGUGGAAGAUUUGAUUACUUUCAGGGAGGGCAGGGAGUUUUAUGAAAGAAUUGGCAAAGCAUGGAAGCGGGGCUAUCUACUGUAUGGCCCCCCAGGAACUGGGAAAUCGACUAUGAUUGCUUCAAUGGCAAACUUACUGAAUUAUGAUAUCUAUGAUCUCGAGCUAACUUCUGUGCGGGACAACACAGAUCUGAGGAGGCUAUUGGCAGAGACAACUAGUAAAUCAAUAAUCGUGAUUGAGGACAUUGACUGCUCGCUUGAUCUUACUGGUAAAAGAAAGAAAAUUUUAGAGAAGAAAACAGAAGGAGGCACUGAAAAGAGCAAGAAAGAAGCGCUCUCCAAAGACACUGAAGACGGUUCAAGCAGAGUCACUCUUUCAGGACUACUGAAUUUCAUAGAUGGUCUAUGGUCUGCCUGCAGUGGAGAGAGAAUAAUUGUGUUCACUACUAACUAUGUUCAUAAGCUGGAUCCAGCUCUAACAAGAAGGGGAAGAAUGGACAAACAUAUCGAGCUAUCUUAUUGUAGUUUUGAGGGAUUUAAAGUGCUCGCAAGGAACUACCUGGGAUUGGAAUCACAUCCCUUGUUUGAAUCAAUCAGGUUGUUAAUGAAAGAGACAAGGAUCACACCUGCAGACGUUGCGGAGAACCUCAUGCCCAAAUCGCGCAAGGAAGUUGCAGAGAGAUGCCUCCGGAAUCUGGUUCAAACUCUUGAACGAGCCAAAGAAAAACAGAGAUCAGACAAAGGCAAAGAAGAAUUAGAAGACAAUGAGCCAAUAACGGAAGACAAGUUGGAAGAAAAACAAGAAACUAGAAAUGCAGAUGAAACAAUUGAGUUGAAUGCUGUGUAAAAUAGAUCUCACCAUGUCUGUUUGCCUUGAGAACCGGAAUAAAAUUCUCCAAGCAGAAUAUCAAAUGCCUUUGAGCCCAUAACUAUUUUCUGGAAAGGUUAUUUGAUUGCCUGACUUGAUAUUCAGUAGAGUACAAUUUUCUUUAAAGCUGAUUGGCAAAAAUAUUAAGCUUGUUUAUUA